AUGGUAACAGUGCUAAAAGACAAACUUCUGGAAUUCCAUCCCGACACACUGGAACAUGUGAGAAUGGAGUUAAACCUGGAUAAAAAUGGGAGAAUGGAUGAUGCCGUCAAUCUUUUAGAAGAAUGGGUGAAAAAGCAACAGCAUUUUGUCAAAAAGGAUUUUUCUCGAGCCUAUCUAGAAAGAACAUUGAUCUCUGCCAAAGGAAUGGUGGAGAGAGCAAAGCAAAGAAUAGACAAACUGUGCACCUUCAAAACUUUGUUGCCUGAAUAUUAUCCAAAAUCAGUAGCCAAAGGACAUUUUGAUUCUUUAGAACCUAUCGUGCAAUAUGGACUCUUACCCAAAUUAACUAAGGAUCAUUAUCGUGUGUCGCUGUUUAACGUGAAAUCAGACGAUUAUAACUCUGGACAUAUUCACCUUUUCUAUAAAUAUAUUGUUAUGAUAUGUGAAUAUAUUAAAAUAAAUGACUAUAACAAUGGAUUUGUUGUCGCAUUGGACUUCAGGGACGCGAAUAUACUUACGUUCGUAACAAAAUGUACGCCAAUGGAUUUACGGCAAGUCAUCACUUUAAUGACGGAAGGCUACGGAAUUCGUAUAAAGCAGAUCCAUCUGAUAACAGAAUCUAAAAUGCUGGAUACACUAGUCAGUUUUCUAAAACAAGUUCUAAGUACAAAGCUGGCAGGGAGAAUACAUAUGCACAAGAACCUUGAUACUUUGUACGAUUUUGUACCAAAAGAUGUGCUGCCUGUGGAGUAUGGAGGACCUGCAAAGUCUCUUCAGAUAAUUUCUGAUGAAUGGCGAGAUGCGUUAACGUCCAAAGACUUCAUGGAAUACUUCGCCGAGAUGUAUGAAGCCAAGACGGAUGAAGCUUGCAGGCAGUCGGACAAAUUCACAGAACAGUACAUAGGCAUGCCUGGGUCUUUUAGGGCUUUAAGUGUAGAUUAG